ACAGCACAAGAGGGGAUGGGCAACUCCAAAAAGUCACGUUGGUCUGUUGAAUGGCUCACUUUGAUUUGACCUUUAACCCGAUUCAUUUCAGAGAGACAGAUUUGGAAAAAUAGAUUUACUUUGGUGGUAACUGUGUCUUGUUAAAAUUUCAGCACAUAGCCUAUAUUUUCACCAUCCAGAAAGGGGCCCUUUAAAUCCUAAUCUGAUUAUUUAUUGAUAAAGAGAAUAUCUCCCUGUGGGCAUUUGUUUCUCAAGCCAAGGCUUCCAACCUCUGUGACCCCAUCCCCUUCAUCACCAUUCAUGAAGCAGCCCAAUCACAGCCAGGCUCAGUCAGGACAGGAGGGUGGAGCAUGGCACUGAAACAGGGUGUGGUUCUGAAACUGGCAAGGUCUGUAGUAAAGCCAUGGGGCUUUAAAUUGAGUUGAAUGAGCCAAGCUUCACAGUCAUCACAGCAGAUCAGCCACGUUCACUCACUCCUUUCUGGUUCUCACCGACCGGCAUUUGCAGCUACUGUUGGAUUUUUUUUUGUCUGUAAUUUUUUUUAGAGAAAAAACUUCACCACUGAAGGAGGCAGGAGACUGACACCCACUCACGACUCAGCUCUGUGUGUGCCUGUUGUUUUCACCCGAUCCCUCUCACCUCUGAUCUGCUGGACCCUCUGGACUGGUCCGGGUCCUCUCUGAACUGCUGAAGACUUGUUUUUAGAAAUUUGACUGAGCAAAAGGCAAGCCGUCACCAUGCUCCGGGAAGCCUUUUCAAGCGUGACAAAACUCCAUGGUUACAUAAUAUCCAGAAUUGAUACCAGAGUGAAGGAUUACCCUCUGAUGCAGAGCCCGUUGCAGAUGACCAGCAUCCUCCUGGCCUAUGUCGUUUUCUCUGUGUACAUCGGCCCACGCAUGAUGGCCAACCGCAAGCCGUUCGGCCUCAACCGAGCCAUGAUCAUCUACAACCUCAGCAUGGUUUUGCUGAAUGCCUACAUAGUGUAUGAGUUCAUGAUGUCUGGAUGGGCCACCACCUUCACAUGGAAAUGUGAUCUUAUUGAUGUCACCACCAGCCCACAAGCUCUCAGGAUGAUCCGAGUCGCUUGGCUGUUUUACUUUUCAAAGUUUGUGGAACUCUUCGACACAGUAUUCUUUGUGCUGAGAAAAAAGCAAACCCAGAUUACGUUCCUCCACGUCUUCCAUCACUCCUUCAUGCCCUGGUCUUGGUGGUGGGGUGUUGCGCUGACGCCUGCUGGAGGAAUGGGAUCGUUCCAUGCUAUGGUGAAUUCAACGGUCCAUGUCAUCAUGUACACCUACUACGGACUCUCUGCUGCAGGGCCUCGCUUUCAGAAGUAUCUGUGGUGGAAGAAGCACAUGACAGCCAUCCAGCUGACCCAGUUUAUUCUGAUCUCUAUUCACAUUAGCCAGUAUUACUUCAUGGAGAAGUGCGACUAUCAGAUGCCACUGUGGAUCCAUCUGAUCUGGAUGUACGGGAUCUUCUUCUUCCUCCUCUUCUCCAACUUCUGGGUGCAGGCUUACAUAAAGGGCAACCGUCUUCCAGUUGCAGACCACAAGCCGAACCAGAACGGCUCCACCAACGGACACAUUGUGAUGAAUGGCAAACCCCAUACAAAUGGGCAUGCUCACCCCUGUGAAAAUGGAAAUAUAGUCAUGGGGAAAGUGAAGAAAAUUUAAAUGACUCUGGUGGGCAGGGGAGGCAUAGACCGUUUGUAGAUAUUAGCACCUCAAAUAUGCCACAUAUCUAUAUUUAGUAGCAUAUUUGAAUACAAGAGUUCAAUAUGCUACCUCUAUACUAUGUAAUUUGUAUAUAGUCUAAUUUUAUUAAAUGUUUACCCCUGUGGGAUAUGAUUGGCAGACUGUUUUUGCCACUGAUCUCUGAAUGCAACACCUUGUAAGUUGUUGCAGAAGCUGUUUACUGUGAUGAACACUGAAUAGGAAAUUGGUGCUCAUUUUGUCACUGAUAGUAUUCUUUAACUCAGGCUUGACCUGCAGCACUGUUCGGCUAACGUGGCCUUUUGUUGCUUGGGAGUAUGGCAAUGUUUCCACUAAACACGUGUAAAUAUUACCAUGACCUUUAUGCAAAAGUGUUUCAUUGUAAAUGUCAUAUAUUUAGUUUUUUCUCCUUUUUUUAUUUAUCUUUUGAAAUAAAACAAUAUUUAGAUAAAGGUCUGUUUCAUUUAGAAAGCAGUGGUUAUGUGCACUCAGUGAGCAACAGGCCACAUCUCUUUUUUUAUGAAGAACCAUGAAAAUAUUAUACUGUAUAUUACAGUAUUGAUGCUUUUUUUGCCUUUUAAUACUGACACAUACAUUGUUAUACAUGUCCUUCCAUAGACUUUUUUGAGACCGUGUAUUGAUCGAUCUCUUGACACACAGGGCAUGACAUCAAUUAAGUCUUUUUAGGCUUUAAUGAUUAGUGCAAACAGCUGUAAAAAUUUACCUACUAAUGUUUGUGUUUAUUUUUAUUUUCAUUGCAGCUGUUACUUGUCAUAAAAAUACAAAGUUCUACAUCUAACCUUUUGACUUAAAUGGAAAUAAAAUAUCCCAAAAGUGGGAAAAAGUC